UCGUUGACAUAGCAACAAAAAUCGAUAAGUAUGCUUCCCGAAAUCGUUCACGGCGAUAGAUUGUACGUGCGACGUAACCCUGCCAGGGAUUGAGUCUGGUGAAUGGUGAAGGAGUGGGAUGGAAGUCACCCGACCCCUGUUGUGGUGACACCGGAAGUACACACAGUGCCUUCGCCGGGAAUUUGAUGAUGACAACAACAUCCUUUAACCAAAGCCUCGAUAAUGGAUACGACAUUCUUCACCCGGAAACUAGUCACUGCGGCUGCGCUGUUUCUGUGCGGUUUCCUGUGUUUCGUGAUAGCGUUUGCCACCCCAACCUGGUUACAUGUUCGUGAGGGUAUCCAUGGUGGUCUGUGGUCCAGAUGUCUCAUGGUAAAGGAGCCUGCCUACUGGACGUGUGACGCUUGGGAACAGCCGACAAAUGGUUUUAUAACGGCGUCCCAGGCGUUCGCUGUCAUGUCACUACUGCUGUAUGUAUUACUCUUCGUCGCUAUGAUUGUCACUAUUGUGUCCAUGGUACAAGACAUCCCCUACCGGAAGUAUAUCGACCGGAAGUGCGUGCUCAUGUUAUUGGCUGUCAGUACCUUCUCAGCAGCUAGCCUUGCCAUUAUGUCUGGGACGGUGAUGGGGAUUAAGGGGAAGGACUACGUGUACGAUCUACAGCGGAACGAGUAUGUUGUCUUCUCCUAUAAUCAAAAGAAGAUAGAUAUCACGGGGCCACUCAACCUCGGCUGGUCCUUUGUCGUCAACGUCUUUGCCGCCAUCUUUACGUACGCUUCGUUCGCCUUUCUUGCUGUCGAAUACAAACUGCUACCGGAAGACGACGGUCAUGAAUGCCAGGAAAAUGUCUGAAGCUUUCACAAACGACACAUCAUGUGGUGACAGAUGUAGGAGAGUAUGUCUAUCUUAAAUGAACAGGAUAACACAAGGUGUCGGACGCAUUGUACGGAUAUCACAUUGUACCUCAGGUUGUCAUGCUAUAUUUUGUGUAGUGUUUCAUAAAAUGAAAAUGUGCCAUAAUAUCGUUACAUGUCAUAAUGUUUGGGACGUUGGAGAGGCACCUGGUGUUAUGAGACUUGAAUGCUAAUUUUAGGAUUGCAAUUACGUUCCGGCGACAUUUGUUGUUGGGAAAUUAUUACAUUGCACAAUUUAGAUUUAUGUAUGAUGUCUCAGCGUCCGUUGCUUGUGAAAUUACGUGCUGCUUUAUGUUAAUACUGCUCAGUACAGACUCCCAAAAGUAAACCUAUUCCGGUACUUUAUAGGGCAUAUACUUCCGGAACUAAGGUCAUAUCAGGAGGCUGUGUCUCAUUUUGUUUUCAUGACAGGAGAGGACGUCCGGUGGAGUGAAAUAAGGGGCCGUAUACUGCCAAUAGUUUAUAAUAUCGCAUGGUGUCAAAAUCAUAUAUAAAUUUCAAAAAAGCAUGGAUGAGUAAGAUAAGGUCCAAUAGCCAGCAAGCAGAGCACUUUUGCCUGUUCCAUUAAUGGGGGAAUUGCGAAAAUGCUAUGAAUUGGUAGAAAGUCUGAAAGAGCUCGUUACGAGAGCGGAGGUGAAAUUGUGCGUGGUGAUGAAACAGUGUCAGAAUGGUAUGUGUUGUGUGUAGUAGUAAUACGUCAUAACUCUAGAUUAUCACACUGUGUGUUGAGGGUUUCUCAUCGCGAGCACGUGGAUUAAAUCGAGAGGCCAUCGCAGGUGGAGUCUAUGUACUUACCAUAUACAUUUCUCCAUUCAUAAAAAAUGUCAACUAAACAACGUAAAUUUUCCAAAUGUCUUUUAGCUAUAGGCUGCAAUGACCGAUCCUCGAUCUGGAACAAACGUAAACAAAUAGGUUUGCGCGGAAGAAUACCAUGAACCUUAAAACUAUGUAGAAAAAUAUUUUUCCAAACAAUUUUAUCGUCAUUGGCUUCUACAUAUAUUAUAUAAGCUUAUAAAGUGUUGUUGUCCUCACAAUAUUUUUUCGUAAUUUUAUAUUGAUAUGUUUAUGAUGGAAUAUUUUCUUACACGGAUCCAUUUUGUGUGGACAUUAUUUCCGGCUCAGGCCGUAGCCUGGCGCGACCAGACGUCAACGUUCCUUUUUGGGCAAAUGUGUUUCAGAAUGGGAAAAUCCUUUCUCAAGUCGAUCUCAUUUUCUUCUUAAGUAUUCCGCACUGACAACACAUGAUAAUGAAUCUAUAGAUGAAGAUUAUGUAAAGUAAUACUACAUUGACAUAAUGGUGUGUAGUAAUACAUAGUGAGGAUGUAAUGUGUGGUGGUAUGGUUUGGGAAUGGUGUGUGAUGGUAGAUCUGGACUGUGCUAAAGUUUUUAUGGCGAUACAGUGUGACGAUGGUGUGUGCGGUGGUAGAAGUGUUUCAGGAGAAACAUUGUGACGAUGGUGUAUGUGGUGGUGCGAUUUGAAAAUUGUAUGAACAACUUUAUGGUAAUUGUAUGUUUUGCAUGGUAAACUAUAUAUACAAAUGGUUUCUUGCUUGUAUAUUGUAUUGAAAAUAACCAAGGGAGAUGUAAUUUUGGAAGGCAUCUUAUCGGCAUAAUGAUUUUUUCUAUCUGAUGCAACGAAGAAAAUGGUUCCUUCAAUUUUACAUAUGUGUCUUGCUUACAAUUGUGUACCCAUUUUGCAAAUGUCGUCAAUAAAAUCAAUUUC